AAAAAAAAAAAAAAAAAAAAGAGAUUAUCCAUCAAACUAUAGUUGCACUAUAAACGCGUACAACUCCAUCGAUUUUCAUUGUAUCGAAACAAUCUUUUCCGAUAUGCGUUUAGUUAUGACAUACACAGCGGUGUAGGAUAAUGCGGCACUGCGUGCAGCAUCGUGUACCAAGCGUCGGAGCGUAGCGCGAUACGGGGAUGGAGGCCGCGAGCAGGCGAGCGAGUCGAGCGAGCCGCGGAGUCGAGGAUCGAGAACCAACCGGCGACUCAGGAAGGCAGUGCACGCCCGACUGCCGACACGAGCGGAUGGCGUACGUAGCCGCUCGCGCCACGCUUACCUCGUGAUUUUCCUUCCUGUCAGACACCGGUCACCUUCGUCGUAUUAGUGACGAGUCACGCAGUACUCCGGUGUUUCUACCUUGCGACGGCACGCGCUCCGCAAUCAUUCAGGUCCAUCGUGGGCGUCGCGUGUCGCGCAAUCGAGUAGGAGAGAGACAGGAAAAAGGAAGAAACUAAAAGAAAACACGGGAGAAGCCGAAAAGUUGUUAUCGAUUCGACCCCUGCCUCUUCGGUCGGUUUCUUUCGUCGUCGUGUUUUUGUUAUCGACGGACACUGGUGCAUGAUACGCGUCGUACCUUCCAGCCACGUGUGUGCGUACGCACGCGUGCACGUCGUAUACAGUGUGUAUAUGUAUAACACGCGCGCAGACACGUAACACAUACACGCACACACACAUAUAUAUAUAUACACAUUAUCGGAGACCGCGAGGUGGCAUACGGGCGCCUUCGAAAAGUCGUGUGCGCGCGUGCAACCCUACCCGGAGCCCGCUGCCGUUGGUUACCAUAGUAGCGCGCGUGGCGAUCAGCUGAUCGUCGGAACCGGAGCGUGUUCGACCGUCGGCAGUCGGCCAGCAGUGGCUCCGUCCUCUCCGUCGUUUCGUGGCGUCAUCUCCGCCCGUGCGUUUCCGUGCUUUAACGAGAAUUUUCCUUUUAUCGCGUAACUCGACCGUCCGUCGUGCCGCGUGAUUCGAUGGCGAACGAACGAACGAUCCCGUGAACCUCGAACGUAUCGAAGGACGAAAGAAAAUUGCUAGAUCUAUCGUAUUCACCCACCGAUGGUUCAAUUCGGAGUUGCUGGAGGGAUACAUCGACAGCUGACGCGACUCAUCGUGCGGAAGCUCAGACGAUGGAAUUAACAACGCGUCGAUCGGUCGGUCGGAUCACGUUGCUCCAAUGAUCCCGUGAUGUGUUAACGACAAGACGAGCAGAAAACUUUCUGGACGCACUGUAGAAAGUUUCGGACGAUCACCCACGGCUGCUGAGACACUGUUGCGAUUAACAUCUCGCGCACUACAACUCCGAAAUGACACUACGAGGAGGAACCUGCCCAACGACAGUGGGUUCCAGAAUUCUCUACUAUAUACACUCCGAUUAGACCGUUGUAAAACAUCACGUAUCGAUGUAUUUUCGUCGCUGUCGAUUCGUUGGUCGAAUUUAGCGAUGAAACGUUUGCGACGCGUGUCUAGACCAGAAGAACACCGAUUACGCAAGCAUACUUGGUAAUCCGUACCGUUUCAAACGCAUUUCAAUCGACAGGUAAUAGAAGAGGAGCGCACGCAGACACUAUUUUUUGGAAUCAGCGAUUUACUGUACGGCAUGCUCGCGACACCGCCGUCAGGUGGUUUUACAAACGCGACUGACCUUUGUUGGUUAUCGACGACACGUUACAAAACGAACAGAAAAUUACGAGGGAACGAAGGAUCGUCGAAAUAAAUAUCGCUUCGAGGAACUACCGAGAGAAUGGACACUCGGCUCGCGACGCUACCGGUUGGUUUUAAAACGGGACGAAAUUCGAUUAUUCAAACUAAACCGGUAGUGUAAGCUAUUCUACAACGACGCGACGCGACCGUUACGCUUGUACUGAUCGGAAGAUGUCGCGGUGAAUCACGGAAAAAAUAUCGAUAUAUCGAUAUAUUGUUUCGUGUCGUAGCUCUCGUCGUGCCGCAGUGGGCGCUGUUCACGAAGUUUUCGUGCGAUCGUAGCGAGGAACGAAGCUCGUCAGAAUAAAUUACAAAACAUUAUUACACGUUGGAAUUGAAAAUUGUGAUUGCAGUGAACGAAUAGGGUAUGUUUAAUAAAUCUGAACUCGCCAGGAAUAUGUCUGUUGCGUCUCUAUGAACGCGUUCUGACAAUCGUUUGUACCUGUGACGGACGACUCGAUCUAAUUAAUAAACUCGCCGUGAACACGUCAAGUGACUGUUUUUAUCGUACUCUCACCCGAAGUGAUUUUUUCGCUGUGCUACAGCGACUCAGCUGCGACGAUGACAGUUGGGAGUAUUUUCUCGUGCACGCGGAAACACUGUGAUAGCCGAUGCCAGCAACGUCAUUACUCGGAUUAAGUCAAGUGCGAGGUGAACGUGGUUCCUCGAAUCAUCAAUAGAAAGCUUUGGUGACGUACGCCGAACGGGCCAGUAUUUAUGCCAGUAUGCCAAUCAGAUGCCAGUAGAGAGCCAGUAUCUGUAUCUGUCGCUACCGAUAGCCAAUUAAUAAGUUACUUAGAUAGUUAAAUUAAUAGGCAAUACAUCACCAUUUUUGGAUAAUCGUUUACUAGACAACGUCGUUUACAGACGUUAAUCGUUACACGUAAUCAUAAAUAAUCGAGGAGCAAUAAAGGAUCGAGUCGAGAAGCAAUUAUUUUCUCAUCGUAAUCACAAUUUUCCGCGAUCUCGUUCGUCGUGACCACGUGCGGUCGGGAAAUAAUAUAUAUCUAAAUCGAACAGUGAGAUCGAGCUGUGAUUAUUGAAGUGGACUGACCGAUCGAUUUCUCGGCUGUGAAGUGAAUUAAUACCCCAGGAAAACGAUCGAAACGGAGAAAGGAAGUUGAACAGCGUACACGGGCGAGCAAACGCUGGAAACGCUGACUUACUUCGAGAGCGCCAACCUGCAAUCAAGGUUCAUGGUUUUCAUGGAUGAGAGCGAGCUCUCGAGCAAGCGGUGGGCCAGUGCGCCACGCCGCCCGGACAGCCCCUGCGUCCUGGGGGCACCAACGUCUAGGGAGGCGGCGGGACCGCCGGUGCAGCUGGAACCAGUGGACCUGUCCGUGAAAACUCCUGUGGUGUUGCAGGUGCCUCGGUACAGUCCAGCGGCUAUAAUUACAGCAGCGUCUAGAAGAAUCCCUUCACCUUCGACGACACCCACGCCACCGCCGCUCUCCAUAUCUACCGUGACACCGCCACUACCGGCAAUCGGAGAAUCAGCGUGGGAGAGGGAUCACGAGCGAGCUCGGGAGAGACACAGGGAACGAGAACGCGAGAGGGUGCGCGAAAGGAGUACGGAGAAUGAGCGCAGGGAACGGCAGCAGGAAAGAGAAUCAGGGAUCAGGGAAAGGGAGCCACGAGAUCGAGAAAAGGAUCGAGAACGCGACAGGGAGAGGCAGAGGGACAGAGAAAGGGACAGAGACGUGUCGGUCUGCAUGAUGGAACCGCUCGAUCCUGUCUUCGUGUCCUCCUCGGCGGCCCUCCUCGCAUUGCAGAGGAUAAAGGAAACGUCCUUGGUCUUUCACAAGCGUCCCGCACUGGCGACCGGAAUAGGAAUCAGCAGUAGAGGAAACGCUGGGGUCGGUGGAAAUGGCGGAGGUUUAGGGGUCGACAGCGAGUGCGGCGACGCGUUGAAGAGACGCAAAGUUCACAGAUGCGAUGUGGCCGGCUGUGACAAGGUGUAUACGAAGAGCUCCCACCUGAAGGCUCACAAGAGAACUCACACCGGCGAGAAACCGUACCAGUGCACAUGGGAGGGCUGCACGUGGAAAUUCGCGCGUUCCGACGAAUUGACGCGGCACUAUCGCAAGCACACGGGUCAGAAACCGUUCAAGUGCCAUCUUUGUCAGCGAUCGUUUUCGCGGAGCGAUCAUCUAUCGCUUCACAUGAAAAGACACUGAUGAAGUGGACCGUCUAGCCGAUGAAAGGGGGACGAAGAAGCGGAAUAAGAAGAAGUGAACGGGGAAAGAAAAUCACCGUCCCGGGAAAUCGGGACUCGAAUCGUGAUCGUGGAUGACGACAAUGAUUCUUCUUUUUAUAUUCGGGACCUGAAAAGCCUCGGCUCGGCCACCGAUACGGUGGUCGGAGGCGGAAACUAGGAGAAAAAGAAACGAAGAAGCAAACAAAUCGUUCAUUAGGUUUAGAGGUCUAACGAAAGUAUCUCUGUAAUUAUUGGUGGAUGAUCGUGCGAACCUGCCAGCAGUCGCGAUGCUCGAAUCGCUGUGAAACGUGCUGCUUUUUUUUUUUUUAUUUUCAUUGUUUUGUUCGUUGUUGCAUAGAUUCUAUCAGAAGUGAACCUCUAUUUUGAAAUCUGUUGAACGGAGUUAGGACGUAAGAAUUGUUGAUAUUUGAAAUUCUCGUGGAAAAUUUAUUUAUUCUGUUGUCAAAUUGAUGUUUCUUUUUUUUUUCGCGGAUUGAGCGUAUUCGCAACGGAUACGCGGGAAGCUGAGCUUCGACGAAGUCUGCGCAAGCGAUUGCUGCAGGUUCAGCGCAACCAGCACGCGACAUCGCGUCAUUUCUGUUUCUAUUCCUAGCCAAUUUUUACUUGUUCGUAUUUCCAGUUUGUUUUCUCUCUCUCUCUCUCUCUCUCUUUUUUUUGUACGAUUAAAUAAGGCCAGCUCAACUAGUCUAGAGCACCAUGUAUCGUCUAUUGCGAAGAAUAGAGCCAGUAAAGGGGAAAGAAAUAAUAUCGUUAAGGUAAUUAAAUGGUUAAAUAAGUAAAGUGAAUAUCGAACUCCGGUGACGGAGCUUGGGACUUAGCAUGCUCAGUUAAAUAAACUACAAUCGUGAUCGUGAACAUUUUGUAAAGCAUUGAAUAGCGAUUUUUCGAGGUAAAUGCACAAAGAAUUUCGCGUUUAGGGACGGACAAUCAUUAACAACGUUCUCAUUGUCAACGGAAACAAAGGAAUCAGACGCUCUAAAAGCCAGUAUUACGUGUCCAUUAAGCAAUACGGUAACGUAUAUACCGUCUACGGCAUUACGAUGCUUUCUUCGAAUCUUUGUGUUUUCAUUCCUUUUCUUUUUCUUUGUUUGUUAGUCGCGAAAAUUCUUCGAUCGUACCGGUCCGAUCGGUGCGCUUUUCUGUCCACACAAGGUGCCAAAGUAGAAGGUGCAAAAAUGUACGUACGGGAUUGUCCAUCGAUACAUCGUUGCGCUCAAACGUGGGAAAGAUGAAAGUAGAUCGAAGAAUUAUUUUUUUAAACGCUUUUGUAUCGCGCGUUCGUCGAACGUUUUCGCAGGCUUGAUUCGUGCACAUUUUAUUUUGGCAUCUGCAACGAAACGGUAGCUCAAGGUACACUUAUCAAUCGCGGCCAAUCGAAAGCGCUCGUGCGCGCCAACUAUCUUCAAAACGCAAGAACGUACGUCUACGUUCCUCGUGGUUUCGAAAACUGUAAAUAGAAGGUCGUGUCUGGGCUCGAUAUCAUUGACGCAUCGAGUCGACUGUUCAAUUAUCGGCAAUCCAUGUUGGAUGAAGCGCGGUUCCGAAAGCAACGGUAUAAAAUGUGAAUUCUGUGUAUCGAGACAUAUCGAAAUCGAACGAAGACAUCGACUCUGGUGCGUUGAAGAGCGGACACGAGGCUGAGGUCUCGCGAUGCGUUCCUGAACGCAACUACAGUUGAAUCGAAGUCCACUGGCUGCUCGAAGUCACUUCCGCGAACCUCGAUUCUCACUUUCAGAGACAAAGUGUGUGUAUUGAAUUAGUUACUCGGAGAACACGAGAAAUGGCGCAAGGAAAUGGUCAAGGAUGACCAAAAGGCGGGGAUGAUGGAUGACCUCGAGCGACCAGAUAAUUUUGAUUCGACCACGCUCGCAGGAUAAACAGAACAGGAGUGCAGAUUUCUAAAAGCUAGGACGACGAGAUCGUGCCAAGCUACAUUCAUGUUCUAUUUUUUCUGCGAAGAGCACGAACAAGACAUUUCGUGCGAUCUCAGCCGGACGUGUCGCAGGAAUGUCGAACACGCUAUUCGCGUAGCGAUGCGUAUUGUAAAUAAUUUAGAAACCUUGAGAAGUACGACGUUUCCGUAUACAGCACGUGUGUAGCAUUCCCUCCCACCCACAACCCCCGUUUUCUUCGAACCUGUGUUUUCGCCGCUGCGCAAGUAACGCGACUAAUGGUAGCUAAAGAAAAGCAGAAACUAUUUCGAAGCUAGUUAAAACGAUGGAACAAGAUGCCAGUAUAUGCUAGAGCCAGUUUAUAUCAUUAAAGAGAAACCUCUACGUGUAAGAUUAAUGCGAAGAUUGAUAAAUUAAUAUUUGUUACGUGUUGUAUUUUCAUAGGGAAUAGUGCCUUUUAAUGUUAAGAGAGAGGACGCUGCGUUAGGCCUUAAGUAUACUGCUAGUGCCUUAAGUCACGCGAAUCUUCGUGCUUGUACACAUUUCAUAACCCUUCGAAUCCUCGCUCGGAGGACCAGCGAAAUGUCCAACCGAUUAUUUUUCUUCGUCGUACACCGAGCCUCGCGUUUUCCUGGGAAAAUCGACAAUCCCGUCUAUCAAGAACCGUGGUUGCACGAUGGGGAAUCGAUCUCGCGCUAUCGACUUUAGAUCGUAGAUCCUUGUAUCGAAAUGAUGUGCGGUAGUAUCUCAAAAGUCGGAACCCUCUUUAUUAAUAUCUGAAGCACGAGUGGUGAAUCUUUGAAACUGGCCACGCAAAUAGGUCAACGAAAUGGAUACAACGGGAUGAAGUUCAUAGAGAUGACACCUGAUCGUAAAUUCGAGCAAUUAGGUUACUAUCUGAAAGAUUGCUGUAUAUAGAAAUAAAUGAUAUGCAGUGGGAUGCAAUUUAUAAGAAAGAUAAACAGUGGGAGGGAUGACGAUCCAAUAGGUGCAGCAUAUCUGGUCAACCAUUCCUCGAUUAUGGCAUAACUUUGACAACUCUACCGACCCCCUCGCGAUAGCAAGUCGAUAGCACGAGUAAACCCCAAUCAUGCGCUAAAAUUGCUGUUACCAUCUUCCUUGGAAUUCAAUACCUUCCGAUUUCUCUAAUUUCGUGACGUCAGUGUGAACGACGAUCGACAGGCAACGUGUUACAUUCGUCGAUUCGUCGACCGAUAGUUCGAAACGAUCGCCCAUCGGCUUCGCACCUUAUAAAGAAGGGUCGUUUCACGUUCGUAGCUUCACGUUCACGUCCCUGGCUUGCGUCGAAGUAUGGCGAUUCCAUGGAUGGCGCCGAAUGGACCGCGCCUCCAGGAUGCAUGAAUAAUUUUCGUAUGAUCGUCACUGCGAAAUUCAAUCCGAAAAUGGACGAGGUGCCACCCAGGAUGCCAUUCUACGAUCUUGAUGACUGAUACCGUUGUACCUUAGGGAAUUUCUUCAGCGGGCCAGCCGUCAGUAAUCUGAGCGCGGCACGGGCGAUGAGAAAUGUAUACUGACGUCAUGCCGACACCCUCUUUGAUCAUUAUCAUUUUUUCCCCCGAGAGCUCGUGCCUGGUCGUGCACACCUCGACGCUGCAUCUCGACGUCGUACGACGUUACCUCUCCGCUCGAGACGAUUCCUCUCGGUUAAUUGUCGACACGGCGAUCGAACCGAGUCGUUUCUUUCUUUUCGGACGGAUAUAACCCCUGGGAUCGCGUUGAUCUUAAUUAGGCGGCGACGAGACUGUAUAUAUACCCGAUUCUUGAGCGUCAUAGGAGGUAUAACCGUAACGAUUUAUCGUAGAACGAGUGGAUUUUGUCAUCGAAGGGCAUGUUGAACGGCGACCCCUACUUUAGAAUUAAUUGUUGAACAGUAUCAUUGAUAGUUGCGCGGCUCAACGAGUUCAACGAGAUCUCUGAAGGAGUGAUUCAAAGUUGGGGAAGGAGGGGUAGGAAUGACACUUGACAAUUAAAUAUCUGCUACUGUUUUAAUAAAGUAAGAUUAUGGCACGAAGCAGAGUUGUGCCAGCACUUGCCAUUCCGGGGAUCUUUAUUCAAAUUAUUGUACAGAAUAUCAUUUACGUCAGCAGAUCCUAUCACACGAGGCACCAUCUUCAGACUUUUCGGCAUUUAUCAUUCAAAUAAUCACGUCAUCGAUAAUUGUAUUAAACGUCAAGUUUAAUGAGAUCCCUGAAAGAGUGUUUAAUUACUAAUUAUAUAACUCAGGAAUGAAUACGAUCCUUGGAGAAUCUGGAGGAGCAGUGGAAGGAAUGAGUACAUCUCACGAAACUAUCGCCUAGACCUGUAACUGGUCGACAGAAGCAACGCUAUGGCAACAGACUGGCCCAACGACUCCUGUUCCAGAGAUCUUAUUCGACUCGUCGAGUUAUACAAAUUGUUCAGCGAAGAAUCGUUACGUUCAUGGCCCCUAUCACGCCGGCCACUAUCCUUAGAAGUUUCAUCGUUCGACUCCAACUACAUUCCAAACUCCGUAAUGGUCGCGCGACACACCGAGGGCGCGACUGUCGUUAAAUUAUCGUGAAAUUGUCGUUACCGAAGGCGAACCCAGGAAAUGGAGAAUUUCCCGGGAACGAGCACGCCGACGACCUCUCAUCGAUGGUUCUCAAGGCUAACGACGAACGGAACAUUCCCCCGAGCGCAGACAUUCCUUGGCCGCGACGCGAAGAAGAGAUUCGUGAAAAGUUGACGCGUGCAUCGGCUAUUUGUGUUCCAUGUUAAUGCGAGUCUAUUCAAUUUCCCGUAGAAGGCGAACCAUCAAUGGACCGGGGAAGCAGGGAACAGAGACCCCGUAUUGAACGCGACCGAUUUCCUACGAAGGCCCCACCUAGGGAAAUUAGCAUUUCAAGUGCCUUAACAGACGUCAACCGACAAACAACUAAUCGAGGCUUCGCAUUUGGAUCGAAAUCGCCUAUCACGAACGAGCGGUGCACGCUCGCGACCGACGAGAAUUCAGUUGGCACACUUUGGAUUCAAAUCGGGUCGAGGGCGGGAGAGACGGGGGCAAAUACGUUGGUAAUCGGUGUCGGGACACGCGACCAAUUCGUAAUCGCUGAAUGUUUGCUUUUGUCACUUCUGGAAGGCUUCGUUGCUCGAUUUUCCAAACAGUUAGCGUUCCUUGACUUCUGUUAACCCGUCGAGUACUAAAUUGUUGCUCUUCUAAAACUGACGUCUAUUUUCUAUAUGCAGUCUGUCCCAUAAGUAUUCGUACCCUGUACGCCUGCUGAAGGAAUUUAUUUAAACUAAAUGAUAGGCUUGAUGCUUCCAAAUAAAUUUCUCGUUAUAAACACAUACAUGUGUAAAGUUUAUUCGCGUACAUAUUUGUAACGGAACAUUAUUUUGGAAACGUUAAACCUAUCAUUUAAUUUAGACAAAUUUCUUCAGUAGACAUAGAAGGUAUGAAUAUUUAUGGGUCUGACUGUAUUUAAUUCGAAGAUAUUUCAUUAACACUCUAAUGGCUAUGUUCAUUUUCGCGAUAUAGAUUUUGACUGUAUUCAAGUAAGCAUAGAUUUUAUUUUUCGUCAAACAGUUUUGAUAUAAAGUACUCGUCAACUGCGUGGAUUCUGUGAUUAAUCUUGUAUCGAUAAUAGUAAUCUGUCACAAUGUUCAUUUGUGUGAUAUGUUUUAAAUAUCAAAAAGUUUCUUAAAAAUGAGAACAAGGAAUCGAAGAAAUUAUUUUUUAGGGUAGCACGGCCAUAGGGGUGUUAAAUAGAAAACACGUUUUCUUGGCAAGUUACGAUGACGAACCCUUUAAAUAGAAUCCUUUAACCUAGGUACAUGUAAUAAUAUCGAGAUACUUGUAAAUUAUACAAUGUAAAACGCCAAACAACACUACUGUAAGCUUCUACGAACAAUUUACUAUGAAAGAUCAUAAGACCGUAAGACGAAAUUAGUUUUUAACUAAAAUCUGAGAAUAUCGCGUACUAGAGGAAUCAAGUAAAUUAGUGCUGAAUACUUGUUUUGUCCCUAUUGUAUUAUAAAAAGAAUUAUAAUAAACGUUACAGCACAUUUUGUUUAAGUUUCAACUUCAUCUCAUAACAAUCACACGAUACUCGAAUAAGUUUGAAUAUCAGAAAAAAAAAAAAUAUUUAUUCGAACAUCCUCUAAAAAGGAUAUUAGUACUUAAUGAGUUAGAUCGACUCUUUCUUUACUUUCAAUGCAACAAAUAACCGAAGGAACGAGAUCAUGUAUAAAAAGAGAAACGUUUCGCGUCGUCAUAUUUAAAAAUUGCAGCCCCAACAACUUCGGUCGUUUCAAUCGAUAGUUGCUCGAUCGUUCGAUGGUUAUCGACGUACCUGAAUUCGUUGUAAAACUCUCAAUUUCGCAAUUCUCGUGCGCUUACACGGCUGUCGAAAAAUAAUUCCACGGAAAAAAAAACGUAUUAAUAAUUUUAGGGAACCAUUAGAGUAACUUCUACGGCUGUACGAAAGCGAGCCCUUCGAAUGGAAACUGUGAAAAACCGAUAAAGAAAAAAAGGAAACAAAAAAAAAAAUAAGCGAACGGCGAUGUAUCGAGCUUUUCGAAGACGAAGCUGACAGGUCAGCCUGUCGAAGUAGCGAUAAUUUUCCAUUAAUCGUUUCAAGGGCCAGUAAAGCAUACACACACGGACACGCACACGGGCAUACACACAAGCAUCGGUCACUCACAGGCAUACCUUAUCAAGCAACUGCAAUAAAUUGCGUCUUUAAUCUGCGAUCAUGCGCGGUGCUCAAUCUUUCUUGGUGCUUUCGCACGUUGAAUUCGACGUGCGUAGAUAUACAUCAACGUGGACAAUAUGAGGAGAUCGGUUCUCGAAGAUCCAUUACGCAGAAGCGCAUAUAAGUGCAUCGCCGCGAAAGGUGUGCGCGCGUUUACGUCUGCGAGACAUCAGGCUACACGGGAGAUAAGACAGGACGUUGAAUAAAAUUUGCGUAAUUAUGCAACGUGUAGGUGGACAAAUUCUCCAAGAAUGUUCGGUAAUAUGAGCAAUCGUCUUGACUGUGUAGGUUCUGAAAUAUAAUCCUUCAGUUUCCUCCUUGCUUAAUAAAUAUGAAACGUACGUUUCUACCCACUGAUCACAUCAUAACUCAUUUCAUGUAAUUAAAAACUCAAUCGUAUUUUCGUGACACGAUUAAAAUUUAUGCAAUUAGGAAACUAAAAGAUUACGAUUACUUUUUCCUUUCGAUAACUUUAUCAGAACUGAAUUUCAUUUUUCUUUGCAAGUAUCAACUACAGUCGACAUUCCCCCAAGCUCGAGAUUAAAACCACUAUUGCUGGAUGAAGCAAUAGGGAUAACCACGCGUUCCUUAAACAAAAAGUUCUCGCGCCUUUUAGACAGAAUUCACUGUGCUUUUAAAUUCAGAAAAUUGGAAAAAAAACCUCUGUUGACGAUCUGGAAGACGAUUGAUCGACGUUACUCGAUCCCUACGAUUCGCGUCCAUUUUCAAACGUAAAUCGCUUCGUGUGGUCCAAUGUCUCCCGUGACGAGGAACGACGCGGUGAUUCUUGACUCCGAUACUGAAAUUCUCGUAAUGACACUAAACGGAACUACUAGGUCGUAAGAUAGACACUAGCGGAGCAAUAACUACUGUAAAUAAUAUGUAAAGGUAAUCAUUGUUGAUCAUCGUCGAUGGACGAGCAGCGGGUCAACGUAGCAUAAUUCUUUCGCAAUAAUGUAAUCAAUGGGGGCCAGUAAUUCUCUCUCGGAUCUCGCACGGAUUUAGACACUGCGAGGCGCGUGGCGUGCCCUUAAUGCUGAAUUUCGCCGCGGUUCAUCUUCGUCGCGCAUCGUUCGUCGUUUCCCGCGGUAGAAGAAUCUAACUUCGCGCGAAAACGAUUUCGGAUUCUUCGAACAAACAGCGUAACACUGGAACGCGAGUAUCCAACUCCAGCGUUAUCGAGAAACUCGAAGCAGAUUUGAGCAAUGAUUACUUCUGUUAUCGUCGCUCAAAAUCAAUCAAAAUUAUAUACAUUUGCAAAUUAUCGAUCAUAAAUUAGUAAUUCUUCUGUGCUAAUCGUGUCUGAUUAUUCUUUAAUCGUCGUUAUUAAUUUCUGGGUAAUUAUUCUCCGAUACCGAACGGUGGAUUGGACGUCCAAUUUGUUGGAGUAUCGACGAACGUGUUUCAGUUGGACGCGGGAAGUGCACGAGCGAACGUUGACGAACAUUAACCGUCGCCGAAAUUCAGAAAAGGACGGAUCGUAAGUCGCGCGCCACCAACUAUUACUUUCUAAGGAUAAAACUGUAUAUGUCGCGUAGGUUUUUGCGUAGGAUCGAUAAUAAUAUAUUGUUACGACUCACUGUAUAAACGAAGGCAUUACUAUAUAAAAAAAAAAAAACAA